AUGCUGUCCAGCCUGUGGCUGCUGCUCAGCUUUGCCGUCCUGGGACUGGAGUUCCACAUUUUUGUCAGCUGUCCCCGUGGUGAACGAUGCCAGCGGGCCCUGCUCUCGGGCAAUGUCGUCUUCCUGCAGUGCAACUCCUCCGAGGCUCACUGGUAUUUCCAUUUCAUGGAAGCUGGGGAUGACAAGCCCCUCAGUCCCUCCAAUACGUCUAACAUGGAAGUACUGCCCGAGGGCAGCCUUGUCAUUCAAGAUCCGUUGCCCUCCCAGACGGGCUUCUACCACUGCAAGGACAAGAAUGGCACCCAAGUGGUGCAGUACGAGAUUGACUUCCAGGAUGCCAGCAUCCUGUAUAUAACACACAAAGGCCUGGCCCAGAAGCCCCUGCAGAACGCAACCCUGCACUCAGGCAGCAAGGUGUUCGUCUUCACCCGGUGGGAGCCCUGGCAGGACUGUAACCGUUGCGGGGUGCCGGGUGAGCGCAAACGCCUCGGAUACUGCUAUGUUGAGGAGCUGCUGGAGGAUCCUGUGCCCUGCUGGCUCUAUCUGGGAAAGGUGAAGGUGUGGCAUAACCACCUGCGGCCUGAGCUGCAGAUCGAAGCCUGCCACGUCAACUGUACUAAUAGCACAUCAUUGGAGGAGGAGUAUGGUGUCAUCUUUGACAGCUUCAGGUUCGAUGAGGAGACGGAAUCUGUAUGGCUCACCUGCCCCUUAGCAUCCAUCUACAGGCCUGUCAACUGGGAAGCCAACAACAACUCCCUGACUUGGCGAGAACAACUCUCUGGCCAGGACUUCAGCACCUUCCUGGACCCCUUCACGGGGGGCAGGCAGCUGCAGAUCUUCCAACCGGCCAUUUACAGGUGCUUCGUGCAGCAGGAGUUCGUGGCCAAGUUCAGUCCCAUGCCCAAUCUGGAGACGCUGGAGGCUCAGAGGAGGGAGAACGAGAUCCAGCCGCGGGAGGCAGUGGAGGCCCGGCUGGGGAAGGACUCUCUCCUCAAGGGGCUGAAGCUGCUGGUGGUCCUGGGCACCACCGCUGCCCUGCUGGGGGCGCUGCUCAAGUUCUUCCCCGCUUCCGGGGGCAAAAGAAGCAAGCAAGUGCUGUUGGUGAAAUAA